AUGACAGAACCUGCCUCAGAAAAUUCAAAGGAGAAGGAAGAAAGCAAUGUACAGGACAAGAAAGCUAACGACUGUAGGAAAAGUCAAGGUCCCCCGAUGAGAUUGCUAUCGAAUACUUCAAAUUUGAAUAAAUGUGAGAACGAAAACUGGGUCUUCUUAAUUGGGCCUACAACACCAAAGAAGGAUACCAUGUUGACUUCUGGGAAAAAGCCACCAUUGAAAAAACACGACCCUAAAAAGGCCGGAGAGGGUGCCUGUGGCUUUGGUUUUCAGACAAAGACCAAUCGCCGAAUUCAGGAGGAACCGUGCCCACGGAAGGAUCCACCGUUACUGAAGCAUGAAGAUACAAGUGAUUCCCAAAUCAAUCUGGAUGAAGCACAAGUUCUCCUACACCAAGAGUUUCGUCCACGAAAGGAUCCACCACAACCACAACUGUCUCAUUCGAAGGAUACUAGUCAUAUCCAGGAUCAAUUGAAAGCCCGCUUACACCAAGAGUUUCGACCAAGGAAGGAUCCACCCCAAAUGCACCCAGAUGAUACCAGAGAAUUUGAGUCCCAACCGCAGCAACGUGAAGUUCACCUGCAUCAGGAUUUCCGACCAAGGAAAGAUCCGCCAUGUCAAGAGCACCACCACCACAACAUGUCACAAAGUCACUAUGGUUCAAUCACGGAUUCAUGGUCCAAUUUCGUUAUUGAUGUGCACUGA